GUUUGUUGACGCGGUCAGUGGAAGUAAAAUACCGGAGAAUGGAACCGAUCAGUGAUCGUACAAUAAUAUCAUCGUUGCGGACUGCUGCACAUCGAUUUGUGUUUUUAGCACUGAUCAACGAACGUAGUUUAACGCCUACUCCGCCAUGGGUUUAUCGCGAGUAGAACGGGUCCUACCGGGCACUCGAUGGCUGCGAGGAUACACUGGGGAGUUUAUGGUAGCUGAUUUGAUCGCAGGUAUUACCGUUGGAUUGACAGUGCUUCCACAAGGACUCGCCUACGCGACACUUGCAGGACUAGAGCCACAGUAUGGACUCUAUUCAGCAUUUGUCGGUGGAGUCGUGUAUGCCCUUAUGGGAGGUUGUCGGGAGGUUACCAUUGGCCCCACCGCCCUACUGUCUCUCAUGACCAGCCGCCACACGGGGUAUGGAGGAAACUCCGGACCACAGUUGGCCAUUCUGUUGUGCUUUUUGUCUGGCAUAGUGGAGCUAUUGAUGGCCGUCCUACGGCUCGGGGCACUCGUAGAUCUCAUUUCCCUACCAGUGACGGUAGGAUUUACCUCGGCCACGGCGCUGAUUAUUGGUGCAUCGCAGCUGAAGGCGUUACUUGGAAUUCGUGGUGGUUCUGGAUCAGGAUUUGCUAGCACCGUGCAAACAGUUAUCGCAAACAUCCCCGAAGCACGUGUUGCUGAUAGUAUACUUGGAAUCGUCUCUAUUGCUAUCCUAUUGGCGCUUAGGAAAUUAAAGGACAUCAAAACACCGCCGGAUGCUACAGGAGGUCGAAAGGCUUUUGGACUCUUCUGUUGGCUGGUGGCAACGGCACGAAACGCGCUCGUUGUGCUGGUGACAAGUUUCAUCGCAUUCUAUUUCGAUAAGCGUGGGGAACGCCCGUUUAUUCUCACCGGCACCGUGAAGAGUGGCAUACCAGAUUUCCAGCUGCCUCCCUUCAGCACCGUCCUACCGUCCGGUGGAGGUCCUAAUGGCACCAGCCCAUUGGAGCUCGGCUUUACCGGAAUGAUCGAGGAACUGGGUGCAUCGAUCGCACUGGUUCCAAUCAUAGCGGUGCUGGGAAAUGUCGCUAUCUCAAAAGCAUUCGGUGGUAGCGGAAUCAACCCGACGCGCGAACUCGUUGCCCUUUCGUUGAGCAACAUUUGUGGAUCUUUUUUCAGCUCAUUUCCGGUCACGGGAUCUUUCUCGCGCAGCGCCGUCAAUCAUGCGAGUGGCGUGAAAACUCCUAUCGGAGGUAUAUACACGGGCGCGCUGGUGCUGUUGGCUUUGGGCGUCCUAACGCCUUACUUCCAAUACAUUCCGAAGGCUGCCCUCAGCGCGGUGAUUAUUUCUGCCGUCAUAUUUAUGAUCGAGUACGAAGUCAUUCGACCACUAUGGCGCUGUAGCAAGCGGGAGCUUAUCCCGGGAGCAGUGACAUUUGUGCUCAGUCUGAUCGUGGGUGUGGAGCUGGGACUUCUCGCUGGCGUGCUGACCGAUCUGGCGUUCGUAGUUUAUCGAACUGCUCGUCCACUGCUGACGGUAACCGUGGCUAACACGGCAGUCGGGAUGGAGUACAUUCUUAUUCGUCCAAAUCAUAGCCUUAUCUACUUUCCUGCCGUCGAAUGGGUACGCAACGUUACGUCGAAGGCGAUCAAACAGCACGGUAACAUACCGGUCGUGUUUGAUUGUCGAUUAGUGAACGAAUUCGAUUAUACUGCCGCAACGGGGCUGCAAAUGUUGCGCAAGGAGCUGGAGAAAAAACAAAUUCCCCUUAUUGUGUACGGAUCAUCUAGCGAAGUUCGCAAGCUACUGCAGGAAACACUAAAAAGCAGUUUGCUUGAGGUAACAACCGACGACGAGCUGGAGACUCUACUCAGAGAUAUAUCCACCGAUGGAGGUAAGCAUGAGCUGCGGGAAAUCGCCGCACCACUUCUCACGACAGCAUCUGAACGUUCGCCGUCCAUUGUCGAAAUAGACGAUUCCUAAAAGUGUGCUUUGUUCCCGAUGUUGUUUUGUCCUGUAUUGUGUUGUUCCAAUUAUUAAGCUUUUUAUAAAUGUUUCGCAAUGUAAUCAUCACAUUUCAUCGAAAAAAUGUGUAGAAAAAGUUAGUUCCUCCGUGUUUAAUGUAUCUCGUCAAUCGUUUAUAGGUGUAAGAUUAUGAAACAAAAGUUUUGGACGUAAAAAUCUACUUCACGAAUGUACAAACCCAUUGGCGACUGACAAAGAAUUGAAGGAAUUUAUUUCAAACUUUUCCAUGUAACAAGUAUUG